GCGGGGCACCUCAGGCUCCCACUGCCUCCCCUCACUGGGGAGGUAGCGUGCUGCCUGGUGCCUCGGCACAGAUGCCGAUUGAGAUUGUCUGCAAAAUCAAAUUUGCAGAGGAGGAUGAGAAGCAGGCGGCGAAAGAGGAAGGGGACAAGGAGAGCUUGCUAGAGGAGCCUAGACGGCCACACCGUCGUGACCUGGCCGCCUUUGCUGGCACCAGCACCCUGCACGGCCUGGCCCACAUUUGCCGCUCAGGGCAAUUGGGGGUCCGGCAGGCCCUCUGGGCCCUUGCAUUUGUGGCCUCUUUGGCCUUUUUCUUGUAUCAGGCAGCUCGGUCAGCACUCUUCUACUUGGAGCAUCCGCAUGUCACCACCCUGGAUGAGGAGGCUGCCCAAAAGAUGGUCUUCCCAGCCGUCACCAUUUGUAACAUCAACCGUUUCCGUCAUUCGGCACUUACAGACGCCGAUAUCUUUCACCUAGCCAACAUGACUGGAUUGCCACCCAAGGACCGUGAUGGACACAAGGCCUCUGACCUGCUCUACCCUGACCCAGACAUGGCUGACAUUGUCAACCGCACUGGGCAUCAACUUGAUGACAUGCUGAAGAACUGCAGCUUUAAUGGUGAGAAUUGCUCUGCAGAAAACUUCACAGUGGUCUACACCCGCUAUGGAAAAUGCUACACAUUCAAUGGUGACCGAAACAAAGCACGGAUGACUCGCCAGAGUGGGAUGGGGAACGGGCUGGAGAUCAUGUUGGAUAUCCAACAGGAGGAAUACCUGCCCAUCUGGAGAGAAACCAAUGAGACUUCGUUUGAAGCUGGAAUUCGGGUGCAGAUCCACAGCCAGGAUGAGCCACCCUACAUUCAUCAGUUGGGAUUUGGAGUCUCCCCUGGUUUUCAGACCUUCGUUUCCUGCCAGGAGCAGCGGCUGACCUACCUGCCCCAGCCUUGGGGUAGCUGCCAGGCCAGCCUGAAGGAGGAACAGAUCCUGCCUGGCUACGAGAGCUACAGCAUUGCUGCUUGCAGGCUGCAGUGUGAGAAAGAAGCGGUGCUUCAGAACUGCCAGUGUCGUAUGGUGCAUAUGCCAGGAAAUGAGACCAUCUGUUCACCCAAUGUCUACAUUGAAUGUGCUGACCACAUUCUAGAUACAGCCGUUGAAGAUUUCCAGGAACGCUGUAUCUGUCCCAUGCCAUGUAAUUUGACCCGCUACGGCAAGGAGAUUUCCAUGGUACGCAUUCCCAACAAGGGCUCAGCCCGGUACCUUGCUCGCAAAUACAACCGCAAUGAGACCUAUAUCCGGGAAAACUUUUUGGUGCUGGAUAUCUUCUUUGAGGCACUGAAUUAUGAGGCGAUUGAACAGAAGAAGGCAUACAAUCUGGCGGGGCUUCUGGGGGACAUUGGAGGCCAGAUGGGCCUCUUCAUUGGGGCCAGUGUCUUAACCAUCUUGGAAAUCUUGGACUACAUCUGUGAGGUGAUUCAUGACAAGGUGGCCCAUGGCCUACGGCGCCCCAAACCUGCCCUAAAGAAGCCUUCGGGCAGUAUUGCCACUCUGGGACUGGAGGAAAUCAAGGAGCAGAGCUCCUGCGAAGCCUUGGGCCGUCACUCUGAGGGCACCUACCCCACAGGCCUCCUGCCUAACCACCACCAUCGCCACCACUACUCGUCCCAGGGGGUCUUUGAAGACUUUGCUUGCUAGUCCGACUCCCACGGAAGGGAGAAGGGCUGCUAGAGUGGCUUUGGGCCCAGCACAUUCCACUCGUGCUUAAUGGCCCUUCCUAGUCGAAGCCAGGCCAACCUAUGUCCUCCCACUUCCUAAGGCUGUCCAAAAGCAUCUUACACUUUUCACACACCCCACCCCCACCCUAUCUAACCCUGGCCCUUCUCUAAGAAUCGGUGCCCUCCCUCCCAUACCGAAGCACAGAGGUGAGCUGAACUGCCAAAGUCAGGGAGGCCUCUGACCAGCUCCAUCGACUCGAAAUAAGCCCAGGGCAGUCGGCGCUCACCCUCAAAAUACAAGGAAGGAUACUGGGGGAAAUGGAGCAUGCUGGGGAGUAGAGGUGCCUUCUCAAGAGAGAGAAGCAAAAUUCCCCCGAGGCCCAGUCGGAAGGGACAAAACUGGCCAGUCAAUUGCUUACAAGCCUCUGUAGCCGAACCUCCUUUGGCUGCAGACUCUACUUGGGGGGGAUGGGGGGGGCGGGAAUGUGUUCUUUGUAGCAUUUCUUACUUGACCCUCCGUUUCUCCUGUUUUUGCACCCAUCCACCCACCUGUUUGCCCACAUCCAGACCAUUCAGACAUGCAUCACCCUAGUCCAAACGUUCCAUGCACACAGAGGUGUCUCAGGGCAGAAAUCAGGUUCUCUCUCUCAAUAUCUGCUGGUUGGCAGUGCCGUGUCCCUGUUGCUCACAUACUGCUGCCCACACCGGGACGGUGUGUCCCACAACAGGGUUCAAGAUCACAAAUCCUGCUCUUUCAAGGGAGAUCCAGGCUAUUUGCCUUUACCGUACAGACUCUGGCCUGUUACCUCACCCCCGCUCCUUGCAUCUUUCUUCCUCUUUCACAGCUGUAAAUGUGUACAUAAGUGUUUGGGGCCAGUGAUUUUUAGUCACCCACCCAGUCCUGUGUCAUUGCAGCUGCCCCCUGCUGGUGUCUCCAAGAACUGCUGGUGCUGCCAGGCACCUUAAGACCUCAAAGCUCAGGUCCCCUCCAGGCCCAGCAGGAGAUGGCUGAACCCCUGAGUCUCUUCAGGGACUCCCUUCCCAGAUGUACAGACUUCUCACCACCUCAACUGUUCCUUCCAUCUUCCCCCUCUCCUCAAAAGGGUCCGAGUAGCAACAUCCCAGGAAGAAGACUCUCUGAAGGCCCCUUGUAAUGCAGUGAGGAGCGAGGAGCUCCCACAUCCCUUGACAUGGUGCCAGUCCAUGGAUUGAAGCACAUAGGCUGUUGAUAUACGAGGACAACUUCUCCUCCCAAAGUGUUGGAGAGAGGUGUGUGGCCAAUCCUUGCUUAAAGUUACAGUAGGUCAAUCCAAACCACCCAGUCACUUUCUGGGGCAAAGGAUGCCCAGGCGUGGCCCUCAGAUCCCAAGCAGUAAAACCAGGAAGAUCCUUACACCAUUGUAAAACACAUGCCCCAGUCAAGGCGGUGCUUGGACAAGGAUAUGCUGGGAACCCUCCUCUCGCUCCCCUCUCUAGUGAGCACUGAGCGUCCAGGUGCUUGACUGCAAUAGAGGGAGCAGCAUAGGAAGGAUACCAUCCAAGCCAUCCACCUGAAGAAGGGAACAGCCUUUGGGUUCUGUGGGAUGGGAUGCGGACUGCCGACUACCGACCAGCCUUGGAUCUUCCUGGGAAAGAUCCCUCCUCCCAUACUUUUACUGAGCGCAAGUCGCUGUUUUACACAUGUAUAAAUUUCUCCCAAUAAAGAGGCACAGGUAGAACUCCA